AGAAUUUCAGACAUAGCAUCAUGAGCAAAACUUGGUUAAUCACCGGCGCAUCGUCCGGUCUUGGAGCCGCGCUAGCUCACCAUGUCCUCCGAGCAGGCCACAAGGUCGUCGGUGCGGUGCGGAAUAUAUCCAAGGCGCAACAAAGCUACCCUCAUUUUGAGGAACUAGGAGGCGUAUGGGCACAACUCGACGUGACGGACCCCCAAACGAAAGAGCAUAUUGCGCGCCUCUCCCGCGAGCAUGGAGGUUUUGACGUCGUGGUGAACAACGCCGGGUACUCCAUCCUGGGCAGUAUUGAAGAUAUGAACGAGACCGAAAUCCACCAGCAGAUCGACACAAACCUCAACGGCCCGAUCCGCGUCAUCCAGGGCUGCCUCCCCUCCAUGCGCGAGAAGAAGACCGGGUGCAUCGUCAACAUCUCCAGCGUCGCGGGCCUGAUCGGUCGUCCCGCUACAGCGUUAUAUUCCGCCAGCAAGUUCGGUCUUGAAGGUCUUUCGGAGAGCUUGGCAGCCGAGCUGGCCGAAUUCGGCAUUCGGGUGCUCAUCGUGCAGCCUGGCGGCUUCCGCACCGGGUUUCUCUCCGCGUACGUGAAACCCGCGGCGGGAUUGAAUUCGGCGUAUGAGGGCACAGCGCUGGGCGAAGCGAUGCAGCGUUACGACACGGUCGACGGGACGCAGCGGGGUGAUCCGGAGAAGGCGGCCGCGCGGAUCCUCGACGCCGUCGAGCAGCAGGGUCUCUGCGCCGGGGCAGCUUCGUAUAUCCGCAUGCCGCUGGGGUCGGAUUGUUAUGCGGUGUUGCGGGGUAAGGUUGAUGGGCUGAAGGAGAAUAUGGAUAACAUGGAAGCGAUUGCGCAUAGUACGGAUUAUACCCAGUGA